AGUGAUCCGAGCAGCAAGCACAGCAAUCAGCCAAUCGAAGCCAAUAUGAAAUUCCUGAUCAUAGCCGCUGCCUUCUUGGCCUGCGCCUUGGCGGACGUCUCGGAGUUGUCGCAGCAGGGCUACGAUUAUCCGCAGCCAGCGGCACCGGCACCGGCACCUGCCUACAUUCCCCCACCGCCACCACCACCGCCACCGGCGCCAAAGAACACCUACAUUCCGCCUCCUCCUCCCGCUCCGUCCAAGGCCUACAUCCCGCCCCCGGCUGCACCGGCCAAGGCGUACAUUCCACCCCCACCACCACCACCGCCACCAGCACCCAAGAACACCUACAUUCCCCCACCCCCAGCUCCCGUCAACACCUACAUUCCCCCUGCAGCCCCCGCGCCCAUCCAGGCCGAGCAGCCCAUCAUCGAGGAGAUCGAGCAGCCCGCCCAGGACGGCUACCGCUACAAGACCGUGCGCCGUCGCGUCUUCCGUCACCGCAACUAAGCGGCGGCAGCAACUGGAAUAACUACGAAUUUUGUUGACUAAUGUGAUAAAGACGGAUCGAAGACAGAAAACUGUGUUGUUAAGAAAAAAGAAUUGUUCGAAUGAA